AUGACUACGGAAACCACCACCAACAACAACACUGUCGAAAAGGACCGCGAGGCGUUUGCUGAUAAGGUCUUUCAAGCUGUCUUGGGAGCCCAGAUGGUGCAGACGGCCUAUCUGGGCUACACACUUGGCUGGUAUCAGGCACUGAAUGAUGCGGAAAAGGCCCUGACUCCCGUUGAAUUGGCCAAAGCCACUGAUUCGUCGCCACGCUAUGCCAGAGAAUGGUUAGAACAACAAACCAUUGGACGUUGGAUCGUGUGCGACAAUCCUUCGGAAAGCAAUCCAGACGCUCGUCAAUUUCGGUUGCCCCCUGCUCAUGCCGGAGUGUUGACGGAUGUCUUGGCAUUGGAUUACCUCAUGCCAUUGGCAGUUAUUCAAGCCGGAUGGGGCAAGGAUAUGGACAAGUUGGUCGAUGCGUACAAAAACGAUACUGGACUGAGUUGGGAGGACAUGACCAAUGAUGCCCGUGAACAACAAGCAGCACAGAAUCGUCCCUUUUUCCUCAACGGGCUCGCAAAAAUUUUGCAAGACUCCAUGGAUUCUGCCACGGUGGAACGAUUGCAAACCACGGGUGGCAAGGUGGCCGAUAUUGGGGCGGGAUACGCCUGGAGCUCCAUUGGAGUGGCCCAUCAUUUUCCGGCCGCCCGUGUCGAUGCAUAUGAUGUGGAUGCCCCCUCCAUUGAACAAGCCAACAAGAAUAUUGCACUCGAGGGACUAGAGGAACGAGUCAAGGCACAUUGCGUCGAUGCAUCUACGGUCGUCCAGGACUUGAAUACACACUACGAUCUUGUCAUGGCAUUGGAAUGCGUCCAUGACAUGAACGAUCCCAUUUCCGUGCUUAAAACCAUGCGCGAAAUGGCAGGCACGGAUGGCACUGUCAUUGUCAUGGACGAACGUGUGGCAGAAGACUUUGCUCAGGCCAAUAAAGACCAUGACCCGGUCGAACAAGUCAUGUACGGAUUCUCUUGCAUGUGUUGCUUGCCGGAUGGAAAGAGUCGACCCAAUUCCGUUGCAACCGGAACCGUGAUGCGUCCCAGUAUCUUGCGCAUGUACGCCCAGCAAGCCGGGUUUCGUGAGAUUGAAAUUUUGCCAGACGAGAAUGACUUUUUCCGCUUCUACAAGUUGCUCAAGUAG